AUGGCCCGUUGUUGCGAACCUCUUGCUAUUUUCUUAUGCGUUAUUUUGAUGCUCUCGUGGUGCCAAGCUUUGAGUAGCAACUUUGAUCAUGGAUAUGAUCAUGAAGAUGGAAGCUUCGAAUCCGAUAGUUUAAUCAAGCUCAACAACGAGGACGUUCUUAGCUUGAAAAGCUCCAAUAAACGCCCCUCUUCCGAAUCAUCAACUGUUAGUGUAUCAGACUUUGGAGCCAAAGGAGAUGGAAAAACCGAUGAUACUCAGGCCUUCAAGAAAGCAUGGAAGAAGGCAUGUUCAACAAAAGGAGUUACUAGUUUCUUGGUUCCUAAAGGGAAGACUUAUCUCCUUAAGUCUACUCGAUUCAGAGGCCCAUGCAAAUCUUUACGUAGCUUUCAGAUACUCGGCACUUUAUCAGCAUCUACAAAACGAUCGGAUUACAACAAAGACAAAAACCAUUGGCUUAUCUUGGAGGAUGUUAACAAUCUAUCAGUCGAUGGCGGCUCGUUGGGGACUAUUGAUGGCAACGGAAAAAUCUGGUGGCAAAACUCAUGCAAAAUCGACCGAUCUAAGGUUUGUAUUGCUCUUACUUUCUACAACUUAAAGAACUUGAAUGUGAAGAACCUGAGAGUGAGAAAUGCACAGCAGAUUCAGAUUUCGGUUGAGAAAUGCAACAAUGUUAAUAUUAAGAAUGUUGAUAUCACUGCUCCUGGAGAUAGUCCCAACACGGAUGGUAUUCACAUCGCUAACACUCAAAACAUUCGAGUUUCUGAUUCAGACAUUGGAACAGGUGAUGAUUGUAUAUCCAUAGAGGAUGGAUCCCAAAAUGUUCAAAUCAAUGAUAUAACUUGCGGCCCCGGUCACGGGAUCAGCAUUGGGAGCUUGGGGGAUGACAAUUCCAAAGCUUAUGUCUCGGGAGUUAAUGUGGAUGGUGCUAAGCUCACUGAGACUGAUAAUGGAGUAAGAAUCAAGACUUAUCAGGGAGGGUCAGGAACUGCUAAAAACAUUAAGUUUAAAAACAUCCGUAUGGAAAAUGUCAAGAAUCCGAUUAUAAUCGACCAGAACUACUGCGACAAGGACAAAUGCGAACAACAUGACUCUGCGGUGCAAGUGAACAAUGUGGUGUACCGGAACAUAAGCGGUACGAGCGCAACUGAUGUGGCGAUAACGUUUGAUUGCAGUGAGAAGUAUCCAUGCCAAGGUAUUGUGCUUGAAAAUGUGAACAUCGAAGGAGGAACAGCAUCUUGCAAAAAUGUGAAUGUUAAGAAUCAAGGCACCGUUUCUCCUCAAUGCUCUUAA